AUGAAGAUCGGUAUCGACGGUGAGGUGCUGGUCAUACACAACAUCAGCCGCGACUUCGACGACCUGUACGAGUGCCUGGUCGACAACGGCGUGCCGCCCGCGCUCACCAAGUCCACGAGGGUCAUCGUCGAGUUUCCCCCAGAGGUGGUAGUAGAGCGGCCGCGUGUUGGCCAGUUCAUCGGUAGGAAGACGGUGUUGGAGUGUUCAGUGUACGCGUACCCCCAGUACCUGGUGGUGUGGAAGCGCCGAGGUAAACAGAUCACCUCCAACAAAAAGUAUACUGUUGAAGUGGAUUCCAACGCCGAGAGCAGACUCGUUACGCUAAGACUGAUAAUCCACCGGGUAUCGCGCAGGAAUUACGGUAAAUACACGUGCGAGGCGAAGAACGACCUGGGACAGGGCUCGUCGGAUGCUGUGUUGUACGAAAUUGAAGCACCGCGAACCACAUCUACAACGACGACGACGCAAGCAACGCCAGCGACGGCUUCCGAGAAAAACGCGAGGGUGUUGAAAAACACGGAGCACUUCGUGAGUCAUGAGCAGCCCGGCCUACACCUGCAGGUGAACAAACCCGGCCGCAGCAACUCCUCAGCCGCUAACAGCAUUCCUACGAAACCCUAUUCAGAGAAACACGACCCGGGAGUCGGCGGUCCACGGAAAGCCAAGCCUGUAUUUGGAGGUGACUUCAACAGACGACGAUCUUCCUCAACAAGACUUUUAGCUGCGUCACUUCUUAUAGUCACGCUUGUAUUUGCUCAAUUUCUCUUCUUAUAGGAAAACAAACGUGUGGUGUUUGUAGUACGUACCUUUAUGAUGUGUCAUCUCAUAGUCAACUGAACAUGUGUAAUGUAUAAAUACGCUCACUGGUCAAAUUUAUGAUCAAAUAGUCAACUCAACAUGUGGAGUGUUCAAAAUAUGUACCCUUGGUCACAUUUGUCAUCAGAUAAUCCACACGUGCAGUGUUUAAAAUAUGUACCUUGGUAGGUAAAAUGUGUUUAUUUCAGAGUCAAAUGAAUAUGUGCAGAGUUUAAAAUACGAACCUUGGUAAAAUGUGAUUUCAUAGUCAGAUGAAUACGGCCAGUGUUUAAAAUACGUACCUUGGUAAAAAAAAAAAAAAAAUGUCAUUUCACAGUCAGAUGAAGACGGCCAGUGUUUAAAAUACGUACCUUGGUAAAAAAAAAAGAAGUCAUUUCAUAGUCAGAUGAAGACGGCCAGUGUUUAAAAUACGUACCUUGGUAAAAUGUGUCAUUUCAUAGUCAGAUGAAAACUGCCAGUGUUUAAAAUACGUACCUUGAUAAAACGUGUCAUUUCAUAGUCAAAUGAAGACGGCCAGUGUUUAAAAUACGUACCUUGGUAAAA